AAUGUUCAAUCGAAUUACUAGGUUGGCUGCAUUAUAACAUAAAGUUGUAAAAUGCUUUGAUCUUCAUGAAUAUCAAAGUAAAGAUUUGAUGAGAAGAUUCAAUGUACUAGUUUAGAAAGGAGAAAUUGCCUUGAAUGCUGAAGAUGCAGCUAAAGUUGCUAAAACACUUGAUCCUAGUGGUGGAUUAAUUCUUAAGUCUUAAGUUCAUGCAGGAGGAAGAGGCAAAGGUAUAAUCAAUAUAUAUAUUUAAAGGAACUUUAUCAAGUGGAUUGAAAGGAGGAGUUAAGAUUUGCAAAACUCCAGAAGAAGUAGCUAAUUAUACUAAAUAAAUGAUUGGAUAUAAAUUAGUAACUCAUUAGACACCAAAAGAAGUAAAUAUAAUUAUUUAUUUAAUUAGGGUUUAUAAGUUAAUGCAGUACUUGUUCAUGAAGGUGUGGAUAUUGUACGUCAAUUAUAUUUAGCCUUUAUUUUAGAUAGAAAUUCAUAGAAACCAGCUAUUGUUGCUUCAAUCAAUGGUGGAAUGGAAAUUGAAGAAGUUGCUAAAACAGAUCCUAAUAGUAUUAUUGUAUUACCAAUUGAUGUAAAUACUGGAUUAACAGAUGAUAUUGCUAAUAAAGUUGUUGACAAUCUAUAAUUAUAAACAGUUAGAUAAUAAGCAAUUGAAUAAUUAAGGAAUUUAUAUAAGAUGUUCAUUACUCUUGAUGCUACAUAAGUUGAAAUUAAUCCAUGGGCAACAGAUCCAAAAAAUAAAUUAUUUUGUAUUGAUGCUAAGAUUAAUGUUGAUGAUAAUGCUAAAUUUAGAUAAAAGGAAUUGGUUGAAUUAAGAAAAACAUCUGUUGCAUCUGAAUAAGUAGAUCCACAUGAAGAAUUAGCAUUAGCUGCUGGAUUGAAUUAUGUUGCAUUAGAUGGAAAUAUUGGUUGUAUGGUUAAUGGAGCUGGAUUAGCUAUGGCUACAAUGGAUAUAAUUAAAUUAUAUGGAGGAGAUCCUGCAAAUUUCUUAGAUGUUGGAGGUGGUGCAAAUGUUGAAUAAGUUAAAACUGCAUUUGAAAUCUUAAAUUCUCAUCCUAAAGUUGAAACUAUCCUUAUUAAUAUCUUUGGUGGUAUCAUGAAAUGCAAUAUCAUUGCUGAAGGUAUCAUUAAAGCAGCUUAAUUGGUUGAUCUUAAAACACCAUUGGUUGUUAGAUUAACUGGAACAAAUUCUCAAUAAGGUAAUUAUUAUUCUAUAUAUUUUUAGGAGCUAAAAUGUUGGAUGAAUUUGCUAAAUCAUAAACCAAAGUACAAAUUACAACAGCCACAGAUUUGGAUGAUGCUGCUUAAAAAUCUGUAAAAAUUGCAAAAGUAUCUAGAAAGCAAUGA